UGCUAUUCUUGUUGUCUCUCUCUCUCUCUCUCUCCAUAUAUAUUUAGUUAUGUCUAUAUCUCAUUUCCUUGACCCAUUUGCUCUUUAUAGUUAGACAUUCUGUUUUUUUUUUUCAGUUGUAUCUAGUCAAUCGCGCUCACAAUUCACGGAUCUUCUCAUAUUCACCGCAAUUCACGCGUUGAAUUUCCUCGUUUAAACGUCUGUUUUUGUUUUCAGUUAACCGUGUAGAGAGAUUUAGGGGUUUUUUUUUGUUUUGUUUUCGAUAUUUAUUUUUUGUGUUGGUUGUUCUGAGACCUUGAAUCUGUUGUUUGUUUUCCGAUGGACGACAGUUAUCUUCGACGGGGUCUGGUGGCACAUGAACCGCCUCCUGGUUACUUUGUACGUUUGCAGAAAACAAGUGCCGAGGACGAUCUUUAUUUGAGAAAGAAAGCAAGGAUGCGUAGAUGGUUGUGUUGUACUUGUCAAGUAGAAGAGUCGUACCCAUCAACUGACAACGAGCCUUACAAAAACCCAAGGAACCAUGCAGAUGCGUAUCAAAAAGGGUCAAAGUCAACAGCUCCUGUCAAAGCUGAGGCUCAAAAGGCAGUGCCGCCUAUUGAAGUUCCUUCGCUGUCCUUAGAUGAGCUGAAAGAAAAAACUGACAACUUUGGAUCCAAAGCAUUGAUUGGUGAGGGAUCCUAUGGAAGAGUGUACUAUGCAAUCGUGAGCAAUGGAAAAGCUGUUGCUGUUAAAAAGCUUGAUGUUUCGGCUGAGCCUGAGUCCAAUGUUGAGUUUCUUACUCAGGUUUCCAUGGUUUCAAGACUGAAACAUGAAAAUCUUGUUGAGUUGCUGGGUUACUGUGUAGAAGGAAAUCUCCGCGUUUUAGCAUACGAGUUUGCAACUAUGGGAUCUUUGCACGACAUUUUGCAUGGCAGAAAGGGAGUCCAAGGAGCGCAACCAGGCCCUGUUCUGGACUGGAUGCAACGUGUUAGGAUUGCUGUUGAUGCUGCAAGGGGAUUGGAGUAUUUGCACGAGAAGGUUCAACCUUCAACAAUACACAGAGAUAUCAGAUCUAGCAAUGUACUUCUGUUUGAAGAGUUUAAGGCGAAAAUUGCAGAUUUUAACCUGUCGAAUCAGACUCCUGACAUGGCGGCUCGUCUUCAUUCUACUCGGGUUUUAGGAACAUUUGGCUAUCAUGCACCUGAGUAUGCAAUGACUGGACAAUUAACACAGAAGAGCGAUGUGUAUAGCUUUGGUGUGGUUCUGCUCGAGCUUCUAACUGGCCGCAAGCCUGUUGAUCAUACCAUGCCUCGUGGGCAACAAUCUCUCGUUACUUGGGCUACUCCAAGACUAAGCGAAGACAAGGUCAAACAAUGUGUGGAUCCAAAGCUCAAGGGCGAGUAUCCUCCAAAAGGAGUUGCCAAGCUGGCAGCUGUCGCAGCGUUAUGCGUGCAAUACGAGGCUGAGUUCAGGCCAAAUAUGAGCAUUGUUGUCAAGGCUCUCCAACCCCUUCUGAAGCCUCCUCCUGCCCCUGCUCCUGAGAUCUAAAGCUCGAAUGAAUGGAUCAUCUCCUCAUAUUGGAUUUUGGGCGUCUUCUGCACAGUUUGGUUUUCAUGUGCCGGCAAAUUUCGUUCUCAGACUCCUAUGCAUAUACAUAUCUUUUUUCUUUUUCUUCAUUUUUUUUGGCGUUUGGGACUGGAUGUUUUAGGCUUGGGUUGGCCGCGGUUUGUUAUAUCUGUUGCUUUAUGAUUGCUGUGAGUUAUUUUUUUUCCCCCAAAAAGUCAUGGAUGGAUAGUGCUGUUUGGUCGUUUGGUGGAUAUCUUUUUCAGAGAACUGGUGCCCUUGGUUGUGUCGAAUUUGACUGAUUUAUUAAGCAAUGCACCUUCUUUACAAGCA